GCAAAAAAUCAAGGUAAUUACUUAAGUAAUUGUUAUUAAAUUAAACUAGAAUUAACAUUUAAUUAUGUUGAUUGCAGAGGGAAAUUUUUUUAAAUCAUUUGAAUCUAAAAAACCAACGGGUUAAUUUGAUUAACUUGAUUGAUUUUUCGUAAACUUUUGUUUUUUGUUAAUCAAAUCUAAUCAACGACCGACAAAAAUUACCAAACAAAAUGAUCUCAAUUAUUUUAAUCACAAUCGUAACAAUUUAUUUGAUCAAGUUAAUUGUUGAUUAUCGGAAUUGGUUGAAAAACUUUUACUCUUAUCCAUCAUAUACAAUUUCCCUAAAUGAUUAUGUAACCAUAAUAAGCGAUUGGUUCAAAGGCUUUGAUCAUCUGACUAAUAAAUAUACAAGCAAAUCAUUUCUAAAUCAAAUCUACCGACACACUAAGGAUUCAGAUUAUUUUGUCCUAUGGAUUGGAUAUUUACCUUUGGUUUGGAUUUUGAAACCAAGUCUUGUUGAAAAUACAGUUAAAAUCUUUAAUAUUAAGACGAUAUUCCAAUUGGCAGCUCGACCUCCAGUGGCCGAUGGUCUUUUCAUGAUCUCCGGUAAAAAGUGGAAAACUUUUCGUCAAAUUGGUGAGAUUAAUUUACGAACGAAAAUGUUAUCGAAAUUCAUUCCAAUUAUGUCCCAACAUGCUGACCGAUUGAUGGACAAGUGUCAUCUCGAUGAUUGGAUCGAUCUCACUGAUGAUCUGAGCUUGACCACGUUCAAUGUUAUCUGUGAAUGUGCAAUGGGUGUUUCAACGAAAACUGGUCAACUUGAACGCUCGGCUUUCCAAUUGUUUAAGAUUAUCGAUAAAGCUCCAGUCCAUUUGGUCAAACGGACGAUGUCCCCCUACUUUUGGCCUGAGUUCAUUUGGAAACGAUAUAUUAAUUACGUGUCAGAUGGUGAAGUGUUAAUAUUUGAAUCGAUAUUUAAAUCUGUAACCGAUCGAGAGAUUUGCCGACAAAAAGCAAUUAGAUCACAAUCAAAAAUGAACAAUAAUAAUCAUCAUCAUGAUGGAACUGAUGAUUUAAGUGACAAAAACUUUUCAACAAUUAAGCCUAAUCACAUUCAGGAUAAUCUACUUUCUCAUUUGGUUAAUCUUUAUCUUAAUCAGAAUAACGAUCCAGAUGAUUUACCUGAUGAUGAAGAGGAAAAUUUAAUUACUCCGAAUGAUAUUGAAAACGAAAUCAACAAUUUCAUCCUCGCUGGAUUUGAAACUGUCCGAACGGCAAUUUUAUGGACAUUAAUCUGUAUCGCAAGUGAACCAGAAAUCGAGAAACGUAUUCAUGAUGAAUUGAUUAACGUUUUUGGUGAUGACCAGGAAAACGAGUGGACCUUUGAUUUGGAUAAAUUAAAUCAACUUAAUUACCUUGAUUGUUGUAUUCGUGAAGGCCUAAGGCUUUUUUCACCAUUGAUAAUAUUUGGUAGAAACACUGGAGUUGAUUCAUUUCAAUUAGACGAAGUUAAUUGUCUACCAUCAUCAACUGAAUACUUAGUUUCAGUUUAUUCAGUUCAUCGGAAUGAAAAAGUUUAUCCUCAACCAGAAAAAUUUAACCCUGACCGUUGGUCAUCUGAAAAUAUUCAAUCAAUUCCAACUAAUUGUUACCUUCCCUUUGGGAUUGGACCUCGAACCUGCAUUGGCUUUAGACUCGCAUUGAUUGAGAUGAAAAUUGUGAUUACCUUAAUUGUUAAACAAUUUAGAUUACAAGUUAAUCAACAUUACAGUUCAAUUGAUUGGAUUUUUCCAUUAACAUUGAAACCAGUUAAACCUUGUACAUUUAAAUUGUCAUCAAGAUUUUAAAUUAAACCUUAAAAUACA